UGAGUCUGCACAGACUUGCCUGGGUGCCACUCAACCUCACUCCCUCCAUCCCUAUCCCUUUCUUUAUCUGUGAUCCUCUGCUUUCUGGUCUUCGACAAGCUGUUGAGCAGAAACAUCAGACGGAAAGCAUGCUAACUCUAUUGGUGCUCACAUCUGUGGUGUUGCUCAGUGCAGCUCCACAGUCAGAGGCUAUAGUAGUGUACACUAGCUGGGAGAGGCACGCAUUGGUAGGCUCAGAUAUCCGUCUUUCCUGCUCUUUCUUCUCAUGGCGAUGGACUUCUGAUGAUGUCACAUUCUCCUGGAACUACAGGCCAGAUGGGGCAAAAGAAGGCAUCGCCAUUUUCCACUACACAAAUGGAGUUCCAUAUGUGGACAAUAAAGGGCCAUUCCGGGACCGCCUGGAGUUUGUGGGCAACCCAGCCCGUCGUGAUGGCUCUAUCCUGAUCCGAAAUCUUGACUAUGGUGACAAUGGAACCUUCACUUGUGAUGCCAAGAACCCUCCAGACAUAGUGGGUCGACCCUCCAGCGUACGACUUCUGGUAUUUGAGAAAAUCCCCAUUCAGGCCGGCGUGAUCACAGGUUCGAUUAUUGGAGUUGUUUUGGGUUUGCUGAUCCUGGUGGUGGCUAUCUACUAUCUCAUGCGCUUCCUGGUAGCUCGCCGUGUCUUCAGCUUGAGUGUGAGCAAACAUGGCAAGAAAGGCAAAGGGAAAGAGGGAGCCCAGCAAAAACAGAAACCAAAGGCUUCUGUCGUGGUGGAUCCUGCCAAGCUGAAGGCACCAGUAUCCGAGAAGAAGAAGCAAGAGAUGCGCAGAGAAAAGAAAUAGGGCUUCGCGGGCAGAGAGCUAGAGCUCCAGGAACAAGUACCUGGAGAAGGCAGGCUGGUCCUUCAAAGUAGCCAUGCCUACAUUUUUUAUAUUCAUUGCUUAAGGGCUAAACAAAAGAACAUACAGUAGGCAAAACCCCACACACAAAAUGCACAUGAUCCAACUGUAGAAUUCCGAAUCAUUCCGAACUUAAAAAAAAGUACUGUUAUCAAAGACUUACACAUGUAAGACUGUCAUGAUUAUUUAGAACACUUUGUACUUUAGAGUACUGUUCCUCAACAUGUAGGCUUGAGGCCAUUAGAAGCCCCUGGAGGGCAACAUAGCACAGUUUGAGAGUUUAUCCUAAAGGUCAGCUAUGUUUCAUAUAAAAUUCAUAAAGUAAAACAGAAGAUUACUUCAAACUAUCCACCUUUUAAACCAAACUGUUGGCUGUCAUCUUUUUGGGGGUGGUUCGCUCUUUCUCUGACAUUUUGUUAAGAAUAAUGUCCAACUAGCAGGACAUUUUUUAAACCAUAUAGUUCACAGUUGUUACACCUAUGACUAUGGAAGGAGUGUGUGCUUGUAUGUGUGUGUGUUGCUCUGACUACAGUGACUGAAACCCUAAGAAUGAAGUUGAUACUGUUAGUUUGUUCGUUCACACACACACACACACACACACACACACACACACACACACACACACACACACACACACACACACACACA